AUGGCGCGUCAGACCUGGAUCUCCCACCCGGUGGACAAGCCCUUGGAGCUGAUGGCUGACAAGGCGAAGGUGCCCACGCCGCAGUUAGACGCCAUUGCAACGGCAGAACUCCUGUCACGCAUGACGGAGUUGUGCUCGUUGCUGGUCCAACGCCUGGAUGCCGGGUCGGUUUUGCCGCCGCAUGCACAAGCGCCUCUACGACUCAACUUACCGGUGCCUACCUUCUCAGGUUACACCGAUAAGAAAUCUGUCGCCGGUUUCCUGGAUGACCUCACCGCCUAUCAGACGGGUAUGGGAAUUUCUAGAAUGCAGCAACAUCGUCGACAGUGGAGGACUAUGGAGUCGCGUGCCUCACCUAGUCGUUCCGCCUCCCGCUCCGGCUCUCGCAGGAACCCUCGUCUCAGUUCUGACCCGCAGGGUCACUCUGUGGCCACUUGGACUAUAAUUCACAACGGACAGCCCGUUACCUGGGCGUCGCGCUCGCGAUGGAACAACCAGCCCCGACCACUAAGGGGUGACGACUUGGCACGGACACCAGCUCCAUUUCUGGGCCACACUCUUGCCGAACGACACCCUAGCGACCCGCUUCAGCCACUGACGGCAGAAGAAAGAAGGCUUUUGUGCCCAGUCUGCCGGGUCCCCGAGGUGCACCGAACUACACAUAGACGGGACUCCCUCCACCAAGCCCGGACAGAGGCCGCCCGCGCCACGAAUGAUGUCAACGCCGCUCUCGCCACUAUCAGACGGCUUAGGCCAGAGUUGUUAGCCGAUCCUGGGCUGCCUCACGGUCCUGUUCCACCUCCGGGACCACCUCCUCCGCCGGUCCCAGAAGAGGAUCUCCUUGAUGACCUCAUGGACUUUUAUCACAACUGGCGACGAGGAUGGGACGUGGUUGUGCCCAAACCAAACGGGGCCGUCCGUGUCUGCGGAGACUUUAGUGUCACGGUUAACCCGCAGCUGGCCAUUGCACAAUAUCCCAUUCCAAGGCCGGAAGAGCUCCUGGCGGUUCUCAACGGCGGUGAGAAAUUCACGAAGCUCGAUCUCUCAGAGGCAUACCUUCAAAUGGAACUCGACGAAGAAGCAAAAAAAAUGCUGGUUAUAAAUACGCACAAGGGUCUCUUCCAAUUCAAUCGUAUGCCUUUCGGGAUAGCCUCGGCACCUGCUGUUUUCCAGCGCACGAUGGAGCAAGUUAUCUCAGGACUGCCGUCUGUGGCUUGCUAUCUCGACGACAUUAUUGUCACGGGCCGUAACGACGAAGAACAUCUCAGCAAUCUGUCUAAGGUCCUAGCAAGACUGCAAGAAUUCGGAUUCACUCUGAAGCGGGAGAAAUGUGCUUUCCUGCAAACCCAAGUGGAGUAUCUCGGUCACAUUGUGGAUGCCGACGGAUUUCGGCCCUCUCCGAAGAAGGUGUCAGCGAUCCUUAACAUGCCACCGCCCAAUCAAGUAUCAGAACUACGUUCCUUCUUAGGCAUGGUUCAGCACUAUGGCAAAUACUUGGAGGGCCUGGCGGAUGUGUGUUCACCUUUAAAUGAUUUACUCAAGAAGGGAGCGUCGUGGUGUUGGACUUCUGCGUGCGUCGAAGCCUUUGAGAGCAUCAAGAGCAUGCUAGCUUCAGCGAAGGUGUUAACACACUACGUUCCCACUAAGGAAAUUUUCUUGGCAGUCGACGCCUCUUCAAAAGGUCUCGGAGCAGUUAUCUACCACCGGCUCCACGGGGUAGAUAGACCAAUCGCGCACGCGUCAAAGACACUCACAGUUGCAGAGACAAAGUAUGCCCAAAUUGAACGAGAGGCCUUGGCCAUCAUUUUCGGCGUUAAGAAAUUCCACCAGUACCUGUGGGGCCGGAAAUUCGUAUUGUACACCGACCACAAGCCCCUUACGGUAAUUUUUGGGCCAUCAAGAGGUAUCCCUGUAACGACAGCAAGCCGGUUACAGCGUUGGGCACUCAUCCUAAUGUCCUACAGUUUCGACAUCCAGUUCGAGGGAUCGUCGAAAAUUGCGAACGCAGACGGUCUCUCCCGGCUUCCAGAAGGACCGGACCAUGAAUUUGACAAGGCCGCAGAAGAGGGUGUUUUCAGCGUUGGAACGGACGAAAUUUUUGCGGUCCAAGAUUACCACAUGUCAACCCUUCCAGUGACGGCUAAGGACAUUGCCGCUGCCACACUUGAGGAGCCCAUACUAACAAAGGUAGCGAAAUAUGUUUCACGUGGAUGGCCAGGUCAUGUUGCACCGGAUCUAUCCCCGUUUUACCAGCGGCAGACGGAGCUAACGCUGCACAAGGGCUGCAUACUUUGGGGAAUGCGCACAGUUGUGCCAACCAAGUUGAGGCACAAACUUCUGGAUAUUCUGCAUGACUGCCAUAUCGGCCAAUCGAAAAUGAAGAUGCUUGCUCGUUCGUAUAUUUGGUGGCCUGGUCUAGAUAAGGACAUUGAAUCGAGGGUCAGGAACUGCGAGCAGUGCUCGGCAGUGGCUGCGCAGGAGAUCCCUGUUCCCUUACAUCAGUGGGAGCAACCUGACAAGGCGUGGCAUCGUCUUCACGCGGAUUUCGCAGAGCUUCAUGGGAAGCACUAUUUGAUUGUUAUUGAUGCCUUCAGCAAAUGGCCCGACAUCAUCCAGAUGACUGGUACCAAUGCUCUGAAAACGAUCAGUGCUUUUCAAGAUAUUUUUGUCCAAAACGGUCUACCGGAAGUUCUCGUCACAGACAAUGGACCGCCAUUCACAAGUCAGGUCUUCGAGGAUUUCUUGAAACAACGAGGAAUACACCACGUCCUCACUCCGCCAUACCAUCCGCAGUCAAAUGGUCUGGCGGAGAAUUUUGUGAGAACUUUCAAGACUGCCCUACGUCGGUUCGAAGAGGGAGGUGACAAGGACAAACUUCGUGACUUUCUUUUUAAAUACCGAGUGACCCCGCAUGUCACCACAGGCCGCCCUCCUUGUGAGCUGUUGAACAACAGACACUAUCGUUCUCUACUUGAUCUCGUCCGUCCAUCUGAGGUGACGUGUUCUGGAAGAGAUAGUCUGGCACGGGAGCGUCAAAAGCGAAAUUAUGACAGACGAACUCAGGACAGACAGUUCUCUGUCGACCAAGGAGUCUGGAUGUUGGACAACUCCAAGAAGGGACACUGGAAGACCGGGACGAUUGUGAGCAAGCAGGGCUCCGUCAUCUUUACGGUGAGAGAUGCCUCUGGGAAAGUUCACAGAGUCCAUAAAGAUCAUCUGAAACGGAGAGAAACUGUGGAGUCCUGGAGAUGUUCGAAGAACAUUCCCGCUUCUGAUGUACGAUGUCGCCCUGCAGCGAUUGACGAUCCUAAUGAAGAGUUUCCCUUGCCGUUUCCGGAAGUGGAAGGGACGUCAAGCGGGACCUUCUCGCAGUUUUCUCAUUCCGACCGCCCUCAUAUCUUAUCGACAGAAGCGGAUCACAACGUCAGUCACGCUUCGACGGAGCGUCCGAGCGCCGUCACGGGCAGUCGUCGCUACCCGUUACGCAGUCGUCGUGAACCAGACAGAUACGGUGUUGCUUAA